AUGACACGCAACAUUUUUUCACGUAGUUAUAUCUAUCGUAGCUACCAGAGGGGUGGUUGGUGUCCUGGGUCGAAGCAUCAAAAGCAUAUGACUAUGAAUCCGACAUUGUAUUUGUACCGAUUUCCCGGUCCACGAGGGCCAGGGCCAUAUACUAUGAAAUAUUGGUGGACUCUAGGAUGUUUUCCUACUGGCAGAGAAACACCAUUCCGUUUACAGGAAUUCUUGUUAGCAUAUCAGCAAGAGCACGUACCGAUUGAAGUAGAGGAGUGGCUUUGUUGUUUUGUAAAAGACCCAUUGGAAGAACUUUGUGACGCUUCCAAAGAUUUGUUUGAUGCGGUUGAAGCGUUUCCAGAAAUGGAACCCACGCGUGGUUAUAGAGCAGUUAAACCAAGCGUCACGCCUUUACUUGCGACAAUAAAGAAAUUUGAGAGGCAACUUGGUUUUAAAAUUUCCCCUACUGGACUUCGUGCUGUGGUGUCUAAUACCUUGCUAAAGGAAAGAUUUUUGGAUGAUUUGUUUGAAUACCGGAAAUUGAUUGAGAGAGAAGGAAGUACACCACACCGCCGUUUGGCUAGAGAAAGUCUGGAGAAAUUGCUGCCUGGGAGAGAGGACGAAGAAUCUUGUGUGACUGCACAAAAGGUCGAUAUGGUUGGUAAGGAGUUAGGUAAGUUUGUAGGAGCUGUGGCUUCUCCCCCAGAUACCACUGCGGCCGACGAAAAGAAAUUAAUUUGCUUGUUAACAACUAUUUCUGAGGGCUGUGUCGAUCUUGGCCAUUACGAUGAUGCAAGUUCAAUGUUGGCGGAUGCACUGCUUUUUUGUCAUGAUUCAGAUACAAAGGCUGCUGCACAUGCAAAUUUAGCUAUUAGCUCUCUCUUGAAUGGGAAAUUUAGACAGGCCGAAUACAAUGGAAGGGAGGCAGCACUUUUGCAACCCGAAGCGAAAUCGGUUUCCGGUGCAGGGGCCAAGGGUCACGCAGUGUGGGCUGCUGCUGUAGCAUACCAAGAUGAUAUUGACAAGGCUGAAAGAAUUAUAAAUGAUGCACUUUCUUUGUAUUCAAGUAAUGAAGCAAUUAAAGAGAUGGCGAAACAGAUCCAAAAAAUGCGUGUUGCACAAUCAUCUUUUUCUUCUAAUGGGGAAGUUCCAGAAACUUUGAGAGGAAGCAGGUAUUAUUUGCCGUCACAGCAGUCACAAGCUCUUGCUAGGGGGAGUGGAAAAGGGUUUGAUAAUGAAUUUGAUUGGGCAUUGUUUAAGAAUAAACUCUAUCCAAACAAAAUGGACCCAACUACCAACGAAAUGGGUUCUGUUUUUCGUCGUGUGGGUGAUAUGGGGUUGUUUAUUUCAAGCUCAAGAUCCAUGGAGCCACUGUAA